AGCGUUACCAUUCCUUUCUUUCUUUUUAAGUUAAGUUCAGAACGAGGUGUGAGAAUGAAGCUUGGAGGGAAGAGAGGUCCUUGAUCACUGGUGGGGAAGUCCCUGUCUUGUGAGCUGUGAGGGUGAAAUGCAAAAUGCAGCUGUUGUGACCAAGAGCGAGGUUUUAAGAGCCUCUUGAAGAGAAGAAAAAGAGGCUUUUAAAAUUUUUCUUUUUUCUUCUUAAACGUUUAAUUAUUGAAGUAACAGUUGUAUUUAAGCAGGGAAACGGACAGCAUGGUUUUGCCUUGUACAAAUACAGUGUUUUAAGGAGCAACCUCAACCCUAGUAUGAUCUGUACUCACAAAAUUUUCUGACACUGUCUUCAGGAAGGAAGAAAGCUUUCAUUUUUUUUAUUAAAGCUGAAGCUCUGGUAGCAUGUGAUCUACCUUUAUGUGGCUGGGCUUUGAGAGCACAGAGAAUUGCCAGUGAUUUGAGCCCCAGAUUUCACUGACCUCUGAUAUGGGUAUGGUGUCAUGAAUCAGGAAACAACAUCCCCUUGGUGAGAGGCAAUCAUUUUCACGGAAGGUGCAGUUGAGCCUUCCCCAGCACUCUCUCCCAACAACCUCAUGUGGGUAUUCUUGAUCUAACUGCGACUUGGGAGUCCAGUGCCUGGACAGAGGAACAAGCCUCAGCAACUCAGGCUGACUUCAGCUGUGGUGUAGAAAACCAUUUUAUUUUGGUUUCUGGUGCCUGGUGAAUAGAGCUGCCUGCUAGAAGAAAAAGGGAGACCAGGACUGUGGCACUGGUUUCCUUGUACAUGGCUACCGGGUGAUUUUACCCAUGUUGCGUAGGUUGGGCUGGCUGAAGGGAACAGCCCCGUGGAGGCAGGGUGUGGUGAGUGAUCUCUUGGAUAUGCUCAGCUGACUGGAUUUAUUUUGGACUCGACAGGGCAAGGGUUUCGAUGGUGUGCUGUAAGGAGCAGUUGCUGGGGAUGACGAAGCCUAGCCGGAUCAUUGCCAUCAGUUCCUAGUCCUGUGGCCGCAGAAUUUUUGCUAGAAUGGGACAGUUCUCCACUCCCUUGCUGUAGGCCUUAGCUAUUAGAAAAGCAUGGGGAUUGUGCUGUCCAGCUGAUGGCUUUGGCCACUCUGUCUUGUCAUGUUGGAUGUUCUGUUGCUCUGCCUUUGUGUAUACUCCGUCUUGGGAGGAAGGAUAGGAUACUAAUACCGGGCUGUAGUGAGCAGCUGGGCUGAGAGGUAAGCUUGAUUAUGCUUUGCCCUUUGAAACCUCGUGACUGGAGCUCUGUUACGUGUGUCCAGCUCCUCUCCUUAUCAGCAGCUUGCUGCUGUUGUGUGAUAGUGGUAGCUUCUAGGGAAAAAGAAUGGAGCCUGUUCAUUCUUUUUAUGAGGAAGAUGUUUUUCCCAUGUAAUUCUCUCACAGCUUUAUACUUGAGCUCUUUUCAGUGUGACGGGCAGAUAGAAUUCAUUGUCCCAGAAGAGAUAUUAAGAGAUUGUGAUGGUUCGGAGUUGAUGAUGUUAUUCUGCCCAUGCUCUGUGAGGUUUUUCUCUGCCCUUUCCCAGCUUUUUUAAAAAUCAGGUAGAACUUUUUCUGUGUUGCCAAGUGUGAGCAUACUUGUCCUUUCUACUACUGAGAUGCAGUGAUGUUUUGGAGUAAGAGAAUGGAGCAAAAUUAUUAGCAGAAAAUAAUUCUUGAUGAUGUCAAUUCAGAGAAGUGAGAAGCUGGAGGGAAGAGAGAUAAAUCUGGAAUAUGAAGGUUGUUUGCUGGAACCUCUACUAGAACGAGGGUUUUUUGGCCCAGAUUUUGCCAUCUCAGCACAAAGUUGAUCCCUCCAGGUCUGCGUGUGUUUACUUAAUGUGACGUUUCUUGUGUAGUACAGCAUACAGCAGUUGCAUAAAGAGAAGUCCCAGCUCAGUGAGUAUCUGUCGGUAGGGAUGAAUCAAAGGGAGGGUUUGGUAGCUGAAGGUGGGGUGAUCACUGUACCCCUCAGAAGACCUGGGAGGGGUGUCAGCCCCUGAAGAGAAAGAAGAGUCUGUGGCUGAUGGUCUCGAGCAGCUUGUGGGGAAGGUGCUACUGAGCUCUAAAAGCUCAACAGAUGACACAGGGCUGUGCUGAUUCUUUAUGACUUGUGAGUCACCCAGAACCUUGCAGGGAAAAUACCUUCUGUGUCCUGUCAUGGAGGCUGUCAGUUUUUGCUGUGCCAGCCAGGACUAAAGUCAAACAGGGAGAUGGGUUUUUUGAGAUUAAUCUUGGAUGGACUAUAGCACACAGACUGGUAGAGCACUGUCUCUGGCAAUGUGCAUCUUCAAGAUGCCAGCUGAUGGAGGAGUUUUUUGUUUUAUUUUUUUUUUUUAAUCUGUGUGUUGUCUGUGACCACUUCCUUGGGGAGGGCCAGGCGUGAUGAUAGAACCUCGUGUUUGCAUUCAGCUGGUAGCUAGUCAAGUGCGUCAAGGGUGAGGGUUGCUGUUUAGGGUGGGAAGAGGAAAGGAUUUGCACAAGGUGGUACAUCGAAUCAGAAGCAGCCUUAGUAAGGUAAAUCAGGUCAAAAGUCUAGUAUAUAAUAAAUCCUGAUCUAAAGUACUGUGUGUCAUAGUCCACUUAAACUUCCAAGGUGAUCGUAGAACCAACAGAGGCAUAAACUACUGCUGCAGUCUCUGCCAAAGCUACCACCAGUGCAGGCAUGAAGCACGUGGAGUUUUAUGGAUGGCAGAGCAGAGUUUCUCUUUAACUUCUGAAGGGACAGUUAACAUCACAGCAGUGUGGGGCCUGAGGGAUGGACAGAUGGUGGAAAAGAUGUGAAUAUUCUCUCAGGAAAGGCAGUAGAAAAUUUCAUCAGGUGGAUGGGAAGUUCUGUCUUGUCAUCUUUCUGAGAGGCAGGAGAGGUGUAAGGUAGGGCAGGCAAAAGAACUGAGUGCCACGACUCUUCUGAUUCUGACCAUAGCUCUCUGCUGCCCAAGGGUUUGACCUUAGGAAACACGUUAGAUAGCAUCUGGUUCUGGGUUUGUAAACUGCCAGUGAUGAUGCUGAUCUGUGUCUGAGAAGGGCAAUGCAAUUGAGACUGGUGGAUGUAAAGAAGCUGGAGAACUUGUUCCUAACAGGGUUUUAGGUGCUGUCUUUUCACAGCCUUACUAUUGCUCUUAAAAUCAGAGUAGUUCUGGUGUCUUGCAGAUGAUUAGAAGAAAAAUGCUGAAUUUUGGCUUUUGCCAGUGUUGGCUUUGGAAGAUAGCCUGUACAGUCCUUUUAGGUGAAAGUAUGCGAGGCUUUCCCUGGUCUCAGACCAUGGCGUUGGUAACAGCAACAGGUUUUUAGGUAGGGGAGUUCAUUUUUCCUUUGCAAUAGUUCAAAUCUGUGGUGGGUUAACCCUGACUGGAUGACAGGUGUCCAUCAGAGCUGGCCUAUCACUCCCUCUCCUCAGCUUGACAGGGGAGAGAAACUAUAACAAAAGGCUUGUGGGUUGAGAUAAAAACAGGGAGAGAUCAUUCACCAGUUAUCAUCACAGGCAAACCAGACUUGACUUGCGGAAAUUAGCUUAAUUUAUUAACAAUCAAAUAUCAGUAGGGUAAUGAGGAAUAAGAACUAAAUCUUAAAAACACCUUCCCCUGACACCUUGCUUCUUCCCAGGCUUAACUUUACUUGCAAUUUUCUCUAUCUCCACCCCUCUAGUGGCACAGGGAGAUGGGGAGUGGGGUUUGGGGUCAGUUCAUCACAUGUUGUUUCUGCUGCUCCUUCGUCCUCAGGGGGAGGACUCCUCACACUCUUCCCUUGCUCCAGUGCGGGGUCCCUCCCACGGGAGACAGACCUCCAUGAACUGCUCCAGCAUGGGCCCUUUCCAUGGGGUGCAGUCCUUCAGGAACAGACUGCUCCAUUGUGGGUCCCCUGGUGUUGGCUCUGUCGGACAUGAGGGAAGCUUGUAGCAGCUUCUCACAGAAGCCACCCCUGUAGCCCUGCUGCUAUCAAAACCUUGCCAUGCAAAACCAACACAAAAUCAAAUAAUUGACUAACUUCUUGGUCUUGGAAGCUAGAAUGAGAAUUUAUAUUCUGGUAUACCAGGGUUUCUGUCUCCGUCCAAUGAUGCUGUGUAUUGCUGCCGAGUGUUGAUUUCUUCUAUGAAUCUGCCAAAGCUCAAAAAAUCACAAAAUUUAAUCCAGCGUAAUGUUAUGCUAUUUUGAAGGUGAUUGUUACUCUGAUACAAGAUAGUGGUUUUGUACUGUCCACCCUAAUGGCUGUGUGCAGAGUAAGGGCAGGUGGCAUUUCAUUGUGUAAUACAGUCUCUCAGAUGAUGAUAAUUUACUGUAACAAGCAGGAAGCAGUUUUGCAGGGGCCUAAUGGCAGGGAUGUGUUUUUUAGCUCUGAGUCACAACUGAUUUAAUGUUGCUUUUUGUCUCUGCUGUGGUUGUCUUACGCUGUGUUUGACCUGGACCAGAAGGAAGGCAGGAUGUUCCAGUCCAUGAUGUCUGUGAUGACGUUCUCAGUGUCUGACAACAUCACACAUUCAACUGCCCUGGUGACAGCUCUGGAUAAUGUGACAACUUUGUCCCCGACAACAAUGCAGGCGAUCAAUGACACCAACAUCACUGUGCCACACAAGUGCCUGUUGUUGCUUUAUGAGGACAUUGGGAAGUCCAGAGUCCGCUACUGGGAUCUUCUGCUCCUGGUUCCCAAUGUGCUUUUCUUUAUGUUUCUUCUCUGGAAGCUGCCCUCUGCCAGGGCCAAAAUCCGGGUCACUUCCAGCCCAAUCUUCACUACAUUCUACAUACUAGUAUUUGUGGUGGCUGUGGUUGGUAUUGCCCGUGCUGUUGUCUCCAUGACUGUGAGUGCCUCUGAUGCUGCUACAGUUGCUGAUAAGAUCCUGUGGGAGAUCACAAGGUUCUUCCUUCUGGCGAUUGAACUCAGUGUGGUGAUUCUAGGCCUUGCCUUUGGUCACCUGGAGAGCAAGUCAAGCGUGAAACGUGUUCUGGCAAUCACUACAGUACUGUCUCUGGCAUAUUCUGUCACCCAGGGCACCCUGGAAAUCCUGUACCCUGAUGCCCACCUCUCAGCAGAAGAUUUCAACAUCUAUGGCCAUGGAGGGAGACACUUCUGGCUUGCCAGCUCCUGUUUCUUCUUUCUGGUCUAUUCCUUUGUGGUGAUUCUUCCAAAAACUCCUCUGAAAGACCGGAUUUCUUUGCCCUCCAGGAAGAGUUUUUAUGUUUAUGCCGGAAUCCUGGCACUGCUGAACCUGGUGCAGGGCCUGGGCAGUGCCCUCCUCUGUGUGGAUAUCAUAGAAGGACUGUGCUGUGUUGAUGCUACCACGUUCCUUUACUUCAGCUUCUUUGCACCUCUCAUCUAUGUGGCAUUCCUGAAAGGCUUCUUUGGGUCUGAACCGAAGAUCCUUUUCUCAUACAAAUGUCAGGUGGAUGAACCUGAAGAUGUGGAUGUGCACCUGCCCCACCCUUACGCUGUUGCCAAGAAGGAAGGAAUGGAUUCUGGAUUCUACUCGAGCACGCAGAUUGACACCACAGCCUACCUGGAUGACGUGGCCUCUAUGCCGUAUCAUGUGGGCAGCAUCAACAGUGUAGACAGUGACCGCUGGAAAGCCAUCAAUGCCUAAGGCAGGGCUACCCGCUUCACACAAUGCCUCUUUUCCUUACAAACUUGCUGAUACCACAGAUGUUAGGAUGUCCACUGGAAAACUGUCCUUGGUUAUCUGCCAUGGCUUUCCUCUCUUCCUUAGGAUCUCUAAAACCUAUUGCGGAACUAAGUUGGCAGCCCAAAUCCUGUCGGAAAGAACAUUUUUUUGUCUCUCCCUGAGAACAACAUAGAACAGUUUUGUUCAUAAACCUAUAAACACUGAACUUUCCUGAUCCUCUGUGUUCCAGAUGUGAAUAUGACCCAGAAGACGUGCCUGACUGGCACCUUUUCCUUUUCAAUGACUGAAAGCACUUGUCUGCCAAUUAGGGGAAUGCUGUUUAGCGGUGAGGGUGUUGACUUGAUUGCAGUAUUGUACAUAAUAGAAAGAGUUCGAUGGCUGAAACCAAAGAUGGUCUUCCUGGGCUUUUUCAAGCAGCAUGGUUGCCUGGGUCAUGUCAUAAUGCAACAGCAUGGGUGGUGAUAGCAGUGUCUGAAGAGGGAAGAAGCUGGUCAGCUGGGCUCAUCUCUGGUUUCAGCUAAUACUGAUGAAAGUAAUGAAUUGCCAUUGCAAGGGGCUAAAAGGAGUCUGCUGAGUGUGUGGGAAGGGGAAGAGAGAUAUGAAGAGGAAUGAACUGUUCCUUGUGCCGUGGGAGCGUCUUGAGGGGCUGGUAGCUAGCAGCAUGGAUGUGAACUGACUGAACAAUAGGGAGACAGAAGGACAGACAGUGAACACUGAAUCAGGGCUGAGUUUCAAGAAUAAAACCUGUGAGGUAGGUGCAUUUUCCAUCUGUGCCCGGCUUUGUGGCUCUGGCAGGGUCUUGGAGAGUACUGUGAAGGAGGAAGCUGACUCUGUAGAUGAAGGCUCCAGAGAUGUUCAGGUGCCUGAGAUAGAGCAGAAGCCCAGGAUGAGUCUGAUCUGUCAGUAUUUAGUGACUGGAAACUCUCAAACACCAUAGGUGUGCUAGAAGCAAGCUGGCUGGUAUUCUAAGUUGGGAGACAAGUGGGAGAUGGACGUGUUUCUCCGGCAGUGCCCUUCGCUUAUGUUGCAGUUCAGAACCCCAGACUUCUGCUGCUCUGAAUAGGUUUUAUGGCUUGAUAUGUUGAAAAAGACUUCUGUGCAUGUGGAGCGUGGUUCAUUUAAAGACUCUCUAGAACUUCUUAUUAAUAUCUGUGCUGGAAAAGGGACUACUGUUGUCUCAGCUGUCUGGCACGCAGUUUCAAGACAUUGUGUUCCAAUCCAGGGGCUGUUCAGCCAAAAGCUGCAUCAGGCUGGUUUCUGAGACAUACUGUGCUCUCCAAGGAUGAAGAGGUAUAUUCCUCUAGCUUUGGGUGUGCUUUCCUACCUGGGUCCUCCAGUUAGGUGGAGAUCUGCUAUAAGCAAUAGCAACUUUCAGUUAGAGAUGGUAGGAAGAGGGAAUUUGAAAUGUUUGGGGACUGUGAAUCUCUUGCCCCAGCUCACUGCUUUUUCUGAAGAAUAUUGAGGUAAGUGUUUCUGGGAAACUGUCGUGCAGGGUGCAGCGUGGAGGUGUUAGUUUGGAUCAUGAGCAGCUAGGGGAAAGCAUUUGCUACCAGGUGUUCCCACCGUAGGAGAAGAAAGUUGGAGUGAGAAUAUGAAGUUCAUAUUGAUUGCCAAAACUAUGCAGGCCCUUUGCUUAUCUUUUUUUGCUAAUGAGCAAUGCAGCCUCUCUGUUCUGCCGGUGGACUUUGCCCUGCAGGCCUCUAGCACUGGCACCCUGAAAACAAACAACCCCCCAUUUUUUUUUUUUUAAUUUACUUUUGAGGAAAAAUGGUUUCCAUUUGUCUGUGUGCAAGAGCUGAAUUGUCUCAUGUAGGUCAACAGCCUUUCACAUUUCCCCUCUGUUCAGUGACUACGUAAGGGCUGGACAAGCAACUGGCCAAGUCAGCCCUUGCCACAUUGGACAAGUGUUCCAUGCUCCUUCUGUCACUUGCUGUGAAUCGGCCUGAGCCAUGCUUGCUUGCUUACUCUAAAAGGGAUGGAUGUCAUGGUGCCUGAAUUGCCCUGCUGCUCCUCCUAAUGCUGCUUCCAACGCUGAUCCUGAAUUGCUGUUACAAAGUGUGGGGAAACCUGCAAAGUUUCCCUGGAGUUGGUGGGCCUUGGACAGAGGCAAGAGAUAUGAAGGUCUUAAAGCAAUUGGGAAAUAAAGGAGCAACUACUUCUCCGUCCCAAGGCAUAUUUGCUGACUCUCAACACCCUGACCGAGAGGAGUUAUCUGCCCUCCUUGGUGAUGUGAAGAGCAGGUUACAAAUUUGUCUUUUUAUUAGCUGAAUUCAGUGCUGAAGGAUCACCUGUGCAGGUGGUCAACACUUCCAUCCUGUCCUUUGCUGGCAGGACUCCAGUUUUUCUGGAGUGUCCCACAUUCUGCUGCUGAGGAGCUUCUGUGCUAGGUCAUCGACUGACCUUCCUCCUGUUCUAUUUUUAUGUAUAUAUAAUGCUUUAGGCCAUAUUCAAAGUGGUCCUUGAGCGGAAGUGUUUUGUGGGAUGUGGGGUGCUAAAAAGAGAGAAAAUAUAGAAUAAAUGUAUAUUUUUGUUUGUAAAAUAAAGAAAUAAAAUUAA